UGGGAAUGCCCAUUCAUCUGUGCACUUGGGCGUUGUACUCCGCAUCUUAUUAGUAGAGGGCCAUACUUCUCCAUUUUCCCCCUCCCAAUCCGCCGAUAGCUGCAAAUCGGGAAUUUUAUAUUGCUUCCGUCCUUCAGGCUUUGUUGGCCAAGAUCGGGGAGUUUUUCUCACCAGGGUAAACUUUGUGCAUUAUUAUUUUUUUUAUAUAAGAAAAGCUCUUUCUGCACGUCUGCGAGUCUGAGCGUCUUUGUUCGUUUAUCGGAUCGGUUGGUUUCUUUUGUUGGACCGAAAGCAUGGGAGCGCAGUUUUCCAAGACCACAACAAAGGGGGAAGUCGACUCCGAAAAGCCGGGAGAAGCUGCGGUGUCGUCGGCCAAGUCUAAUGGACAGGAGAAUGGACAUGCAAAGGCCAAUGGUGAUGCAUCCCCAGCAGGGGAAGAUGGCGCCCAAGUGAACGGCAGCCCUGCAGCCGAUGAGGGUCCGAAAGAGGAGGCGGCCGAAGUCGAGGGUGGGGCUGCAGAGAAGGAGGCAGAGGAGAAGACCGAGGCCACGGCCGCUACUGACAAACCCACAGAGGAUGGGGCCACAGCCUCCAAUGGCAGCGACUCAAAGAAAAAGAAGCGUUUCUCCUUCAAGAAGCCCUUCAAGCUCAGUGGCUUCAACUUCAAGAAGAAUAAGAAGGAGGGAGGAGAAGAAGAGGAAGCAGCAGUGGCUGAGGGGGUGGCAGAGGCCCCAGCAGAGGGUAACGAUGUGGUUCCAGGCUCUCCUAGUGCGGGAGAAGGUACCACAGAGGCAAGCCAGGAGGUGAGCUCCCCACAGGAAGCCAAGUCCGAAGAAGCCGCAGAAGAAACAAAAGCGGAGUCACCCCUGGCUGAGGCCCAGCCUGAAACGGCAGAGCCCCCAGCCGUGGAAGUCCCCGUCACUGAACCUCCAACGCAAGAAACUGUGACCGAGGUAGAAGUGCCUGUCACCGCCGCGGAAUAAGCAGGGACCUCGACGGAACACCCGAAGAACCGAAGAACUUGCAUCUGAGUGUUAAUAGGCACUGGUUUUGGGGGAGAUGAACUUGUCUGCGACUGAUUCAAUUCCUGCACAGAACCCACUUUUGUCCACAGUUACCAUUCCCAGGGGUAGUGACGUGCAUGUGGAAGAGGAAUAAAACAGGAAUGGGUUGACCUACUGUAGUCCCAUCCCUCUAUCAGUAUUAAAUGGCUUUUUGUGCACAGACUUGGCAGUUUUUACAACCUAUUCUAUGAAGACACAAUGUGUAAAGGGAUUGCUGUUUUGAGGUGGAUUGAGCAGUAGUUGACACCUCCUGUAUUUAUGAACUUUAAAUGUGCAAUGGGAUUUUAUACAUAUGAGGGUUAGUAUCUAAAUCAUUUGUCUGAGCUGUACUAUUAAAGUUGACAAUUGUCAUUGUUGCAGAACAGGAGGGGAUUAGGUCAGUUAGCUUUAGAUAGUCUGUUGAUUUGUAGGAAACGUUUAAUUGGGCCAUGUCAUCUUGUAAAACCCAAGUUGCAUAGGUUUAUUGAUUUUUAUGACCUUAAUAAAAUUUUGUAUGACCAUCAGA